UGUUUGAAUAAAGUUCAGCAUUGUACUAUGAAGCCGAAGCCCUUUUCCCUCACGUGUCCUUGGCCCGAGCAGUCACCGUCCCGUACCUGCUCGUUUAGUAAACAAAACCCGUUCGACAACGUCCAAAGACCGAGUUCGGGUCGUACCCGCGAACAUGGCUGACGCAGGCUCUAAAGACGGUGCACCGGGGAAGGAGGCGGCGACCCCGGUGUGCUGUCCCGAGGUGUACACCGUCCCGCCUCCCCAGCCGACCGAGAAGAAACCGGGCCAGCUCAGCCAGGAACAAGUUAGGCAGUUCUUCGAGGAGGGGUACGUGUUGGUGAAGGACUACUUCAAGCCAGAGGAACUGCAGCCAGUGAGAGACGCUGUCGAGGGGCUGGUGGACGAUCUGGCACAGCGCAUGUACAAGGCUGGCAGGAUAAAAGACACACACAAGGAUGCGGGCCUUUUCCAGCGCCUGACUCUGCUCAACCAGGAGUACCCUGGCGCGGCAGUCGUCCUGCACAAGAAGGGGAAACUACCACAGGCUUUCCGAGACCUGUGGUCCAACGAGCGGCUCCUGAACGUCAUGGAACAGUUUAUAGGGCCGGAGAUAGCCGGGCACCCGAUCUGGAACCUUCGUACCAAGACACCUCGUAACGAAGAAGUGACUGUCCCGUGGCAUCAAGAUAACGCCUACCUGGGCGUCCAGUCGCUCGGCACCUUACAGCCCACCGCCUGGAUCCCACUGUUAGACGCCAACACAGACAACGGCUGCAUGCAGGUAGUGAGGGGCGGACACAGGAAAGGGAUCACCGGUAAGCACGUGUGCUGCGUCGGGGGGACCUGGUACGUGGAACUACCCGAGGACGAGAUUCAAAACACCCUGGGAUGUGAUCUCAAAAAUGACAUCGUCACUUGCGAGGUUCCAUACGGAGGUGUCCUGUUCCUAAACAACGCAAUUCCCCAUAGAAGCCUCGAAAACAAUACUGACCAGAUCCGAUGGAGUCUGGACCUUCGCUGGCAGCAUCCCGACAAGCCUUGCGGCUUCGAGGGCAUCAAAGACGUCAUCCCCAUGCGGUCAGCCAAGUACCCGGAUCUAAAACCAGACUGGGAGAAGUUUGAGUCGGUGGACCGGACUGGCAACCAACAGAGGCAGAUGAACAACAAAGCCGGAGCCGAGGACGAAUUCGACACGACCAUACAGGGACCCUGGAUGCUGCGGUGGGAGAUUGUGAACCACAACAAACACACCAGGAGCAUCCUCGGGGAGGACAGGAGCGAAAAACCCGUCUGGACCAAAGCUUGAGCUCUCGAUUUGUCUUGUUCCUGUUUGGGCCGAAAUAUUCUGAUGCCACAUUGCAAGUUGUUUUGGCCAACUGAAAAUUGCUAAAAUCAUUGGUCCGAUUUUUUUUGGACAAACGAAAUGAAGGGCUAUUGGGGUGGGUGGAUGUCGAAAAUGCAAUGAAGGCAAACAAAAAUCAUGAUAGUCUUUUGUUGCCUGCUAAACUAAAAAGAUAUCAGUACAAAACGAAAGCCCGACAAAACUGAGUUGAAGCCUAAACCUCUGCUUGGCCAAUUGGAGAUCUUAGAGUACCAACAACAAACAAAGAAAUGGUAAGAAAACGGUAGUAACAUGACUAUAAACUGUUAAAUGGAUGUCUUUGGUCGCUUUUAGACAAUAGUAAAUGAACUUAGGCAACAAGUGUACGAUAAAAUGAAAUGUGCCAAAUGUUGAAGAGUUGUCAUCAAACCUAGUUGAUUGAUAAGGAAAGCAAUGUCUAUAUGUCUGUCAAUAUCACUUUCCAAUUAAUGUUGCUUGAAGGCCAUGUAGGCCAACUUUGACUGUUUUUGCCGUUAUCACAAGUUCUCGUUCAUUGAAUAAACCACUGACAAGAAUAUCCCAAGUGAUGUGUCUUUAUUCUGACGGUAUAAUGUGUUAGG